CGUGCCCAGCCCCGCUGGGGGCGCCCCCUCGCCGCCCGCGCGCCCUUCCUAGCCAUGUCGUCCAUCCUGCCCUUUACUCCUCCGAUCGUGAAGCGCCUGCUGGGCUGGAAGAAGGGCGAGCAGAACGGGCAGGAGGAGAAGUGGUGCGAGAAGGCGGUCAAGAGUUUGGUCAAGAAGCUCAAGAAGACGGGGCAGCUGGAUGAGCUGGAGAAGGCCAUCACCACGCAGAAUGUCAACACCAAGUGCAUCACUAUCCCAAGGUCCCUGGAUGGCCGACUGCAGGUGUCCCAUAGGAAGGGGCUCCCCCACGUCAUCUACUGCCGCUUGUGGCGGUGGCCUGACCUGCACAGCCACCAUGAGCUGCGGGCUAUGGAGCUGUGUGAGUUCGCCUUCAACAUGAAGAAGGACGAGGUCUGCGUGAAUCCCUACCACUAUCAGAGGGUAGAGACCCCAGUUCUACCUCCUGUGUUGGUGCCGCGCCACACGGAGAUCCCGGCCGAGUUCCCCCCACUGGACGACUACAGCCAUUCCAUCCCCGAGAACACUAACUUCCCUGCGGGCAUUGAGCCUCAGAGCAAUAUUCCAGAAACCCCACCCCCUGGCUACCUGAGUGAAGAUGGAGAGACCAGUGACCACCAGAUGAACCACAGCAUGGACGCAGGUUCUCCAAACCUAUCCCCGAAUCCGAUGUCCCCAGCACACAGUAACUUAGACCUGCAGCCCGUCACCUACUGCGAGCCAGCCUUCUGGUGCUCCAUCUCCUACUACGAGCUGAACCAGCGCGUUGGGGAGACAUUCCACGCCUCACAGCCCUCCAUGACAGUGGACGGCUUCACCGACCCCUCCAACUCGGAGCGCUUCUGCCUGGGGCUACUCUCCAAUGUCAACAGGAAUGCGGCUGUGGAACUCACGCGGAGGCAUAUCGGGCGAGGCGUGCGGCUGUACUACAUCGGAGGGGAGGUCUUCGCAGAGUGCCUCAGCGACAGCGCUAUCUUCGUGCAGUCCCCCAACUGUAACCAGCGCUAUGGUUGGCACCCGGCCACCGUCUGCAAGAUCCCACCUGGAUGCAACCUGAAGAUCUUCAACAACCAGGAGUUCGCCGCCCUCCUGGCUCAGUCUGUCAACCAAGGUUUCGAGGCCGUCUACCAGCUGACGCGCAUGUGCACCAUCCGCAUGAGCUUCGUCAAAGGCUGGGGCGCAGAGUACAGGAGACAGACAGUGACCAGCACCCCCUGCUGGAUCGAGCUGCACCUGAAUGGGCCUUUGCAAUGGCUUGACAAGGUCCUCACCCAGAUGGGCUCCCCAAGCAUCCGCUGUUCCAGUGUGUCCUAGAGACGUUGGGUGUGAAGGGGGAGGGUGGGGGAGGGCGGGCUGGGGGAAAAUGGCCAUGUAGGAGGUGGAGAAAAUUGGAACUCAACUCACUGUCAUCAAGGAAGAAGAAAUAUUUCUCCCUCAAACAGAGUGGCACCAACCUGUUCUCCAAAGCACAAAGGCAAACCCAGAGAUGGUCUUAUGAACAGCUGUGUCUGCUGAACACAUUUGCCCUUGUCCCAGUUUGAAGAGCAAGAAAUGUCUUCUGCUUUGGUGGCUUGAGCAAACAGGUAGUAUGUCACCACCUGCCCCUUCCUCCCCAGCUCCCUGUUCAGUGACAGCAAUCUGAGAUGUCACUGUCCAACAGGAAAUGGCCAUGUGUUCAGGACUGGAGAGUGGAGUUACUCUGGGUAUUCUAGGUAGGGAAAAGCCUGCAGGGGUGUAAACUUCAUGCCCAGGCUUCUGGCGCUUUUGACAAAAUCCUCUACAGCUGAGCAUGGGGAGCCCCAGCACUCCCUCCGCAGAUCCUGUCCUGGAGGGAACUGGACUGACUUGGGGUGCGUAGGGGUUCGUCUGUCUCCUCCCCCUCAGAACAUACUGAUGGCUGUGAGCUAGUGUAUUCAGACCAGGCAGGGACAAUGAGAAAAGGUGGACAGUGAGAGAGACCUCUUGAAAAUUUGUCCUUUUUCACUUUGAACAUUUAGAAGGAUCUGCUGAAACUCAGUGCAUAUGCAUAGUUUAUAUUAACACGUUAAUCUCAAAGAGAUUUAAUUACGUGAAGUGUUCACACAAAGCAAGGGGCCUUGUGGAAUGAUGGUGUUCAGGCUAAGGCAGCGCUACGUUGCGUGGGUCUCAGUCGUAAGAGCUCAUUUCAUAUUCUCAUGCAUUCGGCUACAUAGGUUUAUGUAGUCAGUUGCGUUAAUUAAAUGAACUUUAUCAUAUGCUCUUUUAAUGUCUGUUUUAUACUUUAAGAAAAUCCUGGGUUUGGCACAUUCACUGGGAAACCAGAGUGGAACCCAGCAACUUCUCUCCCAAGGUGAAGCUUUGCAGGUUUUGUUGAGAAGACACCUGCCAGCACUUUUGGAAGCUGAAAUUAACAGAAGCAAAUUCACCAGAAGGGAAAAAUCUCAGGCCAAUAUAGGCAAAUGAAAGGGCUAUUAAAAUUUUUUACACCUUUGAAAAUUGCAGGCUUGGUGCAAAGAAGUCUGUCAUCUUUCCCCUGGGAUAUAAGAUUAUCUAGUUCACAGUAGAGGAUUAUCAGUGACAACUCUAGCAGUUAUAUUGUGUAAUAAGUACUGCUCCCAGUGGCAAUUAGUGAGAAAACUAUUAUAAAUUAUUUCAACUUGGAAAAAAAAAAAAAAGCCCUUUUACUGGUCUUGUGCAGAAUA